AUGAGCAGUCUUUUCAGUUUCGACUUCUCGGAAAGUGACACGGAAGUAACUGCCAUCGGUCAAAAUGAGCAGGUCUCUGACAUGUUCCCUGCUUCUCGCUCUCGCAAAAACAAGGAGCGUCGAGCAGAAAGGAAGAUGCGGCGAUUUUUGGAUCUGGAAAAUGGCGUAGUGAAUUCGAAGAACGCAGGUGCACGGAAACAGCGUCAGUCUGAGAACGUCCGCCUUUUGAUGAGCUUUGUGGAUAAGGAAGACAUCUGCACCGACUUCUCUGACAUUGUCCCUCAAACGGUCACUGCAUUUGACAGACUGUUCAUUGAUCAAGAGAACAUGCAGGUAUGGAACGAUUUUAUUGAACGUGAUGAAGAAGAGCAACGACAAAUUCUAAAUGGUAAGGAGAGUAGCAGUGGCUGUGGCUGGUUCAUUGUCGGUGGAAACGUUCAAUCACCUUCAAGAGCACUUCAAGGAGUGGAUGGACGAAAACAUCAUCCGGCGUACUGCGGAAGAGCUUGCUUUGAGCGUAUGGAUAUCAAAAGUAGACGUCUACUGUCUGAGAAACGUCUUCCUUGGGCUUUCAUCGAUCGUCUUGAAGGAGAACUGCUCUCGUUUUUCUGUUCUUCUUCUCCUGGAGCCGGUGCAAGUGACGAUGCCGUGUAUGUUGGAGUUUUUGGAAACUCGCUAGAACGAGCGCUCGGGCAUGCUAUCGCACAGUUCCUCAUGUUAAAAUCCAAAAGUGUGACCGAUCGUGGAAGUGGUGAACGACUGACAGAGUUCCGGAAUCCCCGAGCCAUCUUUAUACCGCCUCAUACUCGACUCAUACCAUUUCUAUCUUCUCUCCGUUCAGAGCCUAUUGAUUUACCUCCAAGUUUCAUGGGCGGAGAAGGGGCUGAUGAAGAAGGUGAAAGCCCUGACUCUUCAUUCAGUGAAGUGUACCCCGAUCAUUCAGAAUCUUAG